UGGAGUUACACAAUGUUUUACAAACACUGCUUUCAGUUGUAAGCAACACUACAAGAAAUUCGGAAGCAAAAACAAUUUUUGUGGACAAUCCUUUCUCAACAAGCAAAGAGACAAAAUUUCCUUGAAAUAUUCAUGAGAAUGGGACAACUACUAAGAUAUUUUAUUCUAGUUGCUUUGCUGCCGUUGUUUAAAGCCCAGGAUAAAAACCACGAGGAUACAUUAAAUGUGACAAAUAUUGAAAACAAUAUUAUCACCAGUGGAGAAUCCCUUAUAGCCUCAACAUCUUGGCCCGCAAUUGAUAACCAGCAACAUGAAGACGAAGACAUUUUGAUAACAACCCAAGAACCGGUCGAACAAACGUUAUCUCCGCUUUUAAGAUGCUUAAGCUGUAAAUUUUGUGCCCCAUAUGAGGGUAAAUCGUUAAAUGAAAAAGGGAAAAAGUGGUGUCCCCUACGACCGGGUGUACUAAAUGGAUGUAUCUCUAUUUACUACAAUUUUUCCAGCAAUGCUGGAGGCCCAGAAGGGUAUAUCAAUAGGAGCUGUUUUUCCGACUUAAGCGAGAGCGAUCUUGAAUAUUGUAAGAAACAUGAGAAAGUCUGCCACAAGUGUUACUCAGCUGAUUGCAAUAAUAUGGACAUCACCAGUAAUGGCUUAGUAACUGAAGAAGGAGGAGGAGCUCGAAUUUUGGUCUCAAAGUUCCUAAUGAUCGCUAGCUCGAUCGGCUUUUUUUUAAACACACUGCUUACGGGAAAAUAG